UUGCCGGCUCGCCGGCGCCAUUUUGGUUCAGAGGUCACGGGAGCCAACCCAAGCCAGGAGGACGCUAAAAACACGCGGAAUAGUUUUGUUCUUGUCCUUGCUUUGUUUUACCAGUUAAACGUGUUUUUAGGUGCAAAGCAUAUCUGCAGAGUGUGACAGGUAAGACAUGGCAGAGGCAGACAUUGUCUAUGGGUCUCCUACUGCUGUUCCAAAGACCUUCCAUGAUUGGUAUCCCACUGGAGUUUUAGGUGACAGUGAUGCAAGCAAGACCAAAGAACAGCCCAUAGUAAGUCAACCGGAAGCAAACACCAAUGACAAGCCCUACAUGUGUGGAGAGUGCGGGUAUAGAGCAGCUCAUAAGUCUACUUUAUCCCGACAUAUGAGAACUCAUACAGGAGAAAAACCCUACAAGUGUGAUCAGUGUGACUUUGCAGCAGCAAAGAAAAGCGAUUUGCGUUAUCAUCGAACGAAACACACCGGUGACAAACCCUUCAUGUGUGGAGAGUGUGGGUACAGGACAGCUCGGAAGUGUCAUUUCUUCGAACAUAUGAGAACACAUACUGGAGAAAAACCCUACAAGUGUGACAAGUGUGAUUAUUCUGCUGCGGUGAAGGCCACUUUAAACCAACAUCUAAAACAACACACUGGUGAAAAGCCCUACAUGUGUGGGGAGUGUGGGUACAGGGCAACUAAUAGGUGUAAUUUAUCUGGACAUAUGAGAACUCAUACCGGUGAAAAACCAUACAAGUGUGACCAGUGUGACUAUUCUGCUGCACUGAAAUCCAGUUUGAAGAAACAUCAACUAAUACAUAGCAGUGAGAAGCCCUACAUGUGUGGGGAGUGUGGAUACAGGGCAACUCAAAGGUCUGUCUUAUCCAACCACAUGAGAACCCAUACAGGUGAAAAACCUUUCAAGUGUGACCAGUGUGACUAUUCUGCAGCACGAAAAUGCACUUUGAGGAGGCAUCUUAGACAAUGCAACACAACAAUGUAAAGGCCUACGUGUGUGGUCUUAAUACAAAGCAACUCAAAAGUGCCACUCAUCCCAACAUAUGAGAACUCAAACGAUGGAAAACCUUACCAGUAUGACCUGUGUGACUAUUUUGCAGCAAAGAAAUCUACUGUGGACAACCAUUGUAAAAAAAAAAGGAAAAACACACCGGUCAGAAACCUUACAUACGCGAGGAAUCCGAACAGAUUGCGCAUGUUUUUCAUCUAGCCAUAUAGCUAAACACACUGAUGUGAAACUUUGCAUACGUAGACGGACAACAUCACAACAAAAGGCAUCUACUAGUAGCUAAAAUAUCUGUGUACAGUAUAGAGGCAACCGCCUUUAAUAGGCGUUUGAGGGAUUCUGUCCCCUUACGUUGUGUGAAUCACCUGACAUACCUGAAUCAGAUUUAAGUCUUGAAGAUAUCCAGGUGAAAGGUAAGGAAACCUCCCCCCCCCAAAAAAAAAAAAUUGCCAUCAUUUACUAAAA